AUGUUCAAUAUCCAAUUUCAGUUGUUGAUAACGGCGUUUGAUCCGAAAGACAGUUCGCAAAACGCGACACGGCUUCUUCGCGUCAACGUCGCACCGAACCCAACCGAAGUACCGCCUGCUUUUGCCAAGGCAGAAUACUCCAUCUUUUCACAUGUAAACUGUCCAUUUCAGGGUUCACCUGUAGUGUUUGUGGUUGACGGAAAUGUCGAAAAGCCGGUGGCGAUUGGAAGAAUUUCAGCAUUUGACGGCAAUGGCAAAGGGGCUCGCUUGUACGAAAUCAUUUCGAAUGGUAGAGUUCACAAAUUCAUUUUCAAAAAGAGUUUUCAACGGUUAUAUGAAGUUCAUUCUUAACUCGGUAUUUUCUGUCUAGCAUGGCCCUAAUUGACACUGAAUGCCUCUAAAACUCGGAAACUUCUGUGAACGUCUCAGUAAUUAAUUUUGACAGCAUUUUCGGUGCAUUUUUGAAAGUAAGCUUUAUUAGAAAAAAAAAUAAGAAAAUAAAGUUGAAUAAGUGCUUUCAGUUUCUCUUUUUGGCUAUUUUUUAAGGACUGAAGGCUUUUUUUCAGUCUCUUGUGAAUUGAAUCGCUAAUAUGAGGUUGUUAGAACGCAGUGUUGCCAACUGAGCUGCUGUGAAAGUCAAUUUAAAGACUAACGAGCUGGUAAAGUAAAUCUUUUAGUAGACUCUGGUGCAAACUUCACGAUCGAUCACGAAUUUGGUGAGAUCUCUUACCAUCCACAAGGAGCCGUCGAACACGAUAAACGAGUCGAGCUUUGCGUCGCUGCAUCGUGAUUUUCAUCGAAAUUUACCGCCUCAAAUCUAUUUUUCAGUAGCAAUGGCGUUUUGCCGGAAAAGUGUUCAGAGCUGGACUCGAGCACAGCCAAAGUUGUGGUGAUCCUUCGGGGGGCACAAGAUAUUGCAGCAGAUCAAAUGAGUGUCCUUAACAACACAGUUGUUCUUAUCGGUUCGUUCUGAAGCUCUUCUAUUCCUUAAAAAAGACUUUACAGGAGAAUCGCUCCAGAAUGUGCGAGUUCCGAUGGAAAGAGCAUCGAAGUCUGACUUCAAAUUUUCCAGCGUCUCCUUCACGCCGUCAGUCCUAUUGAUGUCGAUAUAAACUGAAAGGCGAUUUGCAGAGCGACAUUCGAAUUGGGACGGGACGUGCAGUCUCCAGAAGGCUCGCUUUCGCUCAACGGCCACACUGGAGACGUCGUCGCGACGCCACGGAUCAUCGACGGCCCUCAAGGCGUCUACACGGCGAUCGUCGAGACAGACAACUCUAGAGGAGCUGCUGGACAGUUCACGAGAAAAGUCAGUUCGUGACUGAGCUGACGUUAAUCAAUAUCAAAUAUAGUUCCAUCAUGUUAAAAAUGAGAAGAAACUUCGCUACGUCUUCGGGAUGUCACGCGACGAGUUCGGCGCCAAUGGCAAUCAGUUCAAGACGUUGGUUUUUCAUGGUUAUCAUGUAAUUCAAGAAUGUUCAGACAACUGAUCAAAACUAUGAAUCCACCGAAGGGAAUGCAAAUCUACUUUGACGAGCCUGCGAUAGAUCCUCGCAACUCUUCAUGGUGAUUCACUUUGAAUAAUUAGUGUUUUCAUGGAGACCUUGAAAAUUUGAGGGAAGGCUGAGCCAAAAAUAAAACCGUUGAACUGAACGAAAAAUAUUCUCCCACUCCGUUUUAUCGGGUUGUCUUCUUCCAGUUUCUUUUUGGAUUUACUCUUAAAGGCAUAGGGGCAGUAAAAAAUGGGGUUUCAGGUAAAAGCAGUAUCUUAUAUAGUUUUUCUUUGCGAAUCGAAUGGUGUACUCAAAAAAUUACAGAUUUCACAAUGUUAGAAGAAAAAACGCGAUUUUACUUCCCCGCCUUUAAUUUUGAAAAAAGCUUUGGAUCGGUAUGCGGACAACUGUUUACAGUAGCUGUGCACGCGAUGUUGCGGACGUCUCAUUAGACUCGCAUUUUGUGAGAAAUAACCGGAUAUCUGCUUCAAAUUAAGAGUUUCUUCUCUGAAAAAAAUCGAUUAAGAAAAACAGAAAACAUACAUUGAUAAUAAAGAAAACACAAAUAAUCGCUAUCCCAAUCGAAACCUGUGUAAAAUCAUCAUUUUUCACCAGAAAAGCAUUUUUGCGAUCAAAGUUUGCAAAUUAUACAUGAAUAGAAAGCUUUUGUGACGAAAAGAACUUUGGUGACAACAGAAAAAAUUUAAAUUUGAAAGAAACGAAGAAAAAAGCGAAUAUCCGGAAGAUGGCGAAGCCUGUUGUCCAUAGAGCAGCUUUACUGCAAAGCGCCCUUUUCGCGGGAACUCAAACUUUCCUUUCUCCGACUUUGAAUUAAUUUUUCUCCAAAACUAGGAAGUUCUGUACGUUUCCAAGUUCACCGUUCGAUUUGCGAUGAAAAGCUCUAUAAAUUACUGCUUUGAACUGAAACACCGUUUUUUACUGCCCCUAUGCCUUUAAAAGGUCUUACAGAAAAAAGAACGUCUGAAAUUUCCACAUUGUCUUUCGCAGUUUUGAAAUGAUUGGUUUAAGAAGUCGAAUCAAAAAAGAAAAACAGAGUUUUAAUAACAAACUUUUCUCAACAUGUUAUCAAUAACGGCAGAAUUCGCAGGACCUCCGUAUGUUUUCAUGCCGCCCGUGAUGACGUUAUUCUCGACGAGAAGCAGACCAUGACGUCACUCACCAACAGUAGUGGGGUGGGCGCCGAACUGGGCAAACUCUACCACGUCUACAAAGUUGUCAACGUCGAUGUGAGCCCUUCUACUUGCAAACCAGAAUUCGUCAGUUUUCAGCGCUGCGAGACGUCAUCAAGCCAGACGACGUCUUCUGCCCGAGGCCUGUCUCUGCCUCUCAACACUCUCGUUCUCUUCGUCGUCGUCGCGAUUCUCACACUUCUCUUCGUCGCCUUGCUUCUGUAUACUUGCGUCGUCGUCCGCUAUCGCCGACGUCUCCACAGAAAGUCUGAAGAACUGAAAAGUUGGUUUUUGCUGUCUCUUCUGGUGACGUCGACCUUGAUUGUAUUGUUAAGAAAAUGAUCUCAUGAAUGUCUCUCACCAGGGAAUGGUCUCCGGUCGCAGUGGGAUCUCUCAAUGAGACCAAUUUUUCCAGAUGUAGUUUUUCACGCUGAUCUCAAAUCUGGUCUCAAAAACUGCCGAAGAGCUCUGUGAAAAAAGUUAUGGACCCUCAAAAGUCGAAAAUUUCAGUGUCUCCGAUUGAGCUCAUUUUUGGAGGGUGUGUAGAUCUUGUCCCUCUGUUCAAGAAAAACCAUCGAAGCUUUCACAAAAAAAUUUCGGAGCCCAGAUAUGAUCUUUUAAAGCCCCGCCUCACACAAGAGCUUGCGAGCGCGGUGUCCUAUUGCGAUCCGGCGACCGUCGAAGCAACGGCAGCAAGGAGCAGUGGUAAGGCGGCGGACUGGGGAUUACGAGGUCAUAGGUUCGGUUCCCACUCUGUGCAAACUUUUUUUGCAUUUUUUUCUAUUUUUCCAUGAUUUCGUUUAAGGGCUCCUAUUUUUGAGUUUUUGAGGCGUAUAAACAUGAAAAAAAUCUUUUGUUUUUAGCCUAUUCGAACAUCUAGAAUUAUUUUCGUCAAAAAAAUUUUUUUCAUGGAAUUUUUUUCGAGAUUUUUUUCAUGUAUAUGAGCAUGGGCUGGAGUGAGAAAAAUUUUUCAGAAAAAAAUUAUUUUGUUUUUCCAUUUUUUUGUUCCUAAAAGAUUUAUAAGUUUAAUUAGUCAUAGAUACGCCGACAUAUCCCACAGAAAAUCCUGGCUUUUUUUAGACCUCACCGUUCAACUACGACUGAUGGAAGUUUCGGAAAAUUUUUGCGUAAGUGCUCUUUUUCGAGUUUUGAAGCGUUAAACUGUGAAAGUUCUCCGUUUUGAAACUAUUCAAACACCUGGACCUUUUUUUUGUCAAAAAUUUCUUCAUGUAAUUUUUCGUUAUUUUCCAUGUGUAUGAGUAUAGGCUCGAGUGAGGAAAAAUUUUCAAAAAAAUUUUUUUUUGGUUCUUUUUUUCUUUUUUUAAAUUUUUAUUCAAAGUUUUUUUAUUCCAUUUAUUCAUUGAUACACCAAAAAGCACAUUAGUUUUUUUCUUCCAAAAAAACUUCUUUGAGAGUUGCAGUGAUUUACCUAUGAUCAUAACCUUAUGCCUGAAAAAAGUUUUUUUGCGCGACUUUCCCGAAGUAGAAAAAAAUGAGAGUGCGCAAAAAAACAAAAUUUAUUGUUGAAUAAAAAAAUUUCUUUUUCUUUCCUCGAAAUUUUCUCUCGAAAAAAAGUCUGACUGGACUGUGAGCUUUCAAAAGUUCCAUUAGAACGAAUUAUUUGGGGGAUUUUUGGUCCCAAUUGUGUUAAGUAUCAAUCAGAAGGGAUUUCUUUGAAAGUUUCAGCAAAAAUUUGAAAAAAUGCGGAUUUAUUUUUUUUUUCUUAUGAAGUCGUAGUUGAACGGUGAGGUCUAAAAAGGCAGGAAAAAAUUUUUUCUGUGGGAUAUGUCGGCGUAUCUAUGACUAUUUAAACUUAUAAAUCUUUUAGGAACAAAAAAAUAGAAAAAAAAAACAAAAUAAUUUUUCUGAAAAUUUUCUCACUCCAGCCCAUGCUCGUAUACAUGAAAAAAAUCUCGAAAAAAAUUCCAUGAAAAAAAUUUUUUUGACGAAAAUUAUUCUAGAUGUUCGAAUAGGCUAAAAACAAAGAUUUUUCAUGUUUAUACGCCUCAAAACUCAAAAUAGGAGCCCUUAAACGAAAUCAUGGAAAAUAGAAAAAAAUGCAAAAAAAAGUUUGCACAGAGUGGGAACCGAACCUAUGACCUCGUGAUCCCCAGUCCGCCGCCUUACCACUGCUCCUUGCUGCCGUUGCUUCGACGGUCGCCGGAUCGCAAUAGGACACCGCGCUCGCAAGCUCUUGUGUGAGGCGGGGCUUUGAAAGAUCAUAUCUGGGCUCCGAAAUUUUUUUGUGAAAGCUUUGAUGGUUUUUCUUGAACAGAGGGACAAGAUCUACACGCCCUCCAAAAAUGAGCUCAAUCGGAGACACUGAAAUUUUCGACUUUUGAGGGUCCAUAACUUUUUUCACAGAGCUCUUCGGCAGUUUUUGAGACCAGAUUUGAGAUCAGCGUGAAAAACUACAUCUGGAAAAAUUGGUCUCAUUGAGAGAUCCCACUGCGACCGGAGACCAUUCCCUGGUCAGAAAUGAAAGAUUGAGAAUUUCUUGAGAUACGUAAUUUGGUAGCCAAAGAAAUGUUUUCUUCGCUUAGCCGAAAUUCCUCUAAUAAUUCAAAAAAAGAAAUGAAAAACUUCGAUUUUCAGAAAAAAAUCUACAAAUUCGGGAUUAUUCAUUGAAUUUCCUUCUUUUCAUGAACGAAAAAAAGUUUAUAUAGUAGUUUUUUUUCACAUGAUUAAAUCCGUUUUUAUGUUUCGUUUUGACAGCCAGUACCAAGGCCUACCCGUCUCCGUCAUUCAUUCCAGCCCACUUUCUGUCUCCUUUGUGAGUUUUCAUCUUUCGUUUUUUUUUUUCAAACUGUAUUCAUUUUGCAGGGGACCACCCCCGCCGCCACCUCCGCCUCAAAUCGGAUACUAUUAA